AUGUCAUGUUGCACAUCUCCUGAAUCAAAUCAUGCCCUUUUGCACAGUCAAUCUUGUGGUGGUCAUGAGAUUGCUGUGGAUAUGGAAAGGGCUGAGCUUUAUUGCUGUGUGUGUUGUGAUCAGGUGUAUGAUCCUGAUUUUGAUAACUCUGUGAUGAGCAAACAUUUAACGGGGUUACCAAGAAGGGGAAAUGGGGUUGUGAAUCUUGUGAUGGGUGGUGGGUUGAGGCUGAGCAAGAGGAAAAGGCUUGAUUUUGGGGUGGAUUUGGAUUCGAAGUGCUCAAAAAGAUUAAUUUUGAAUAGGGAUCAGAGAUCCAAGUCAUGUUUCCCUUUGGGAUUGAGGGGUUUUAAUAAUCUUGGGAACACUUGUUUUAUGAACUCCGUGUUGCAAGCAUUGCUUCAUGCACCCCCUUUGAGGAAUUACUUCCUUAGUGAUAGACACAAUCACGAGAGUUGCAGGGUAAGGUUGACAGAUCGAUUGUGUUUGCCUUGUGAUAUUGAUGUCAUCUUUUCUGCUGUGUUUUCUGGUGAUCGGACUCCUUACAGUCCAGCUCCAUUUCUUUACAGCUGGUGGCAGCAUUCAGAAAAUCUUGCCAGUUAUGAGCAGCAAGACGCUCAUGAGUUCUUUAUUUCAAUAUUGGACAUAAUCCAUCAGAAAUUGGGGAAAGCUAAUAACAUAGUUAAAGAAAAUGGAGAUUGCCAGUGUAUUGCUCACAGAGUUUUCUCUGGACUACUGAGAUCAGAUGUAACGUGUACAUCAUGUGGGUUUACUUCGACUACUUAUGAUCCUUGUGUGGACAUUUCUCUUGACCUGAAUAUGGGUCCUUGCUACCCAUCCAAUUGUAAGAGUAAGCCAAACAAGCAAAAUGCAAGCACGGCUGAUUCUACUUUGGCAGGCUGCUUGGACCUCUUCACAAGACCGGAAAAGUUGGGGUCAGAUCAGAAACUGUACUGCGAAAAUUGUCAGGAGAAGCACGAUGCACUGAAGCAAAUGUCUAUCAAAAACCUUCCAUUAGUGUUGUGUUUGCACAUAAAACGAUUUGGACACUCGACAUUUAGAAAAAUGUCAAGAAAAAUUGAUCAAUAUUUGCAGUUUCCUUUCUCCUUAGACAUGAAGCCGUAUUUAUCCUCUUCUGUGGUCAAGAAAAGACUUGGAAACAGAAUAUUUUCCUUUGACAGCGAUGAAUCUGACAUUUCUACAGAGUUUGAGGUUUUUGCUGUGGUUACACAUUCAGGGAUGUUGGAAUCUGGCCAUUAUGUGACUUAUUUGCGUUUAAGAAACCAGUGGUACAAAUGUGACGAUGCCUGGAUAACAGAAGUGGAUGAAGGGGUGGUCAGAGCCUCACAAUGCUACCUGAUAUACUAUGUGCAGAAAGUGCUAUACCAUAAAGGGGGUGAGGAUCUGAGCUGCCACCCGAUGUCAACACGGGCAGACACAUUUGUUCCUAUAGCUGGAUGUUGCUAA